AUGAGGUCCUCAUCAUCAAACCUUAACAAUGUUCUGGCCAUCUUCGUCGUCGUCUGUUUACUCACCAUGUCGUUUGCUGUCGUAGCCCGCGGCCAGGAUGAAGAUCAACAGAACCCGCCUCAACACAGGGCACCAGCUGGAUCUGGCAGCACUCCUAAGGCGUGGCUGGACGCGCACAACGAGGCACGAGCAGAGGUGGGUGUGCCGCCGCUGGUGUGGAACGAGAGCCUGGUGGAAUACGCCCAGAAAUACGCCGACUCAAGGUACGAGAAGUGCGAGUUCGAGCACUCGAUGGGGCCUUACGGCGAGAACCUGGCGAUGAACUACGAGGACAUGGAAGGCACGGACGCCGUGAAAUUCUGGUGCACCGAGAAGGCGGACUACGACUACAAAACCAACACUUGCAAGACCGGCGAGUGGGAAUGUGGACACUACACUCAAGUGGUCGGCCGCAAGACCACUUCUGUCGGAUGUGCCAAGGCUAAGUGCAAGAACAAUUGGAUGUUCGUGAUUUGCAGCUAUUACCCUCCGGGAAACAUUGAAGGCGAAAAGCCUUACUGA